GACAACUAGCACCUAAGUCAUUUGAACUUUAAAAUUUUUCACAUUGUCUCCUUAACAUGUUUUAACUAGGGUUGUUGUGACCUCUUAUGAAGCGAUGACAUAUUUAAUGAUUGAAAAAGUUGUAAAGAUAUUUUAAGGUGAUGUGAUUUUUUGCUAUUACGAGGCCUUGCUAGUUUCCUUGUUUUUUUUUUUGUAGACCUCUACCUCCCUCUGAGUUAAAAGAGUUAAUAUUCCGUUGUUGUGGUCAGGAUAGCAGCACCACAGUGUUAACGCAGGUAAAUACAACUAUGCAAGUAAGACUCUAGCUCCUUUUUUUAAGAUAGAGGAUGCUUUGAUCAACUUGACUAUGUAUAUUUUGAACAGAUUUUUUUCAACUUAUCAGGAGAUCUUAACAUACUUAACCAUGUUUGUAAAAAUUGACCUUGGGUUGUUUAAUGAGAUGUUGCAAAUACGUGUUGGUUUAAUUAUGGAGGUUCUAGCAGCUGAGUACGCACGUGUUUCCGGUCUCACAGGAGAAGAUGCUGCGGAUGAUCUAAUGAACGUGAGUCCAUUCCAGAUGAAAUCACUGCUUUAUUUUAUUUUGAGUGGAAAAGAAUUUAAUGUUGAACAAAAUAAGUUAUAUUUCAGGAAAGUGUUCGAGUAA